GCGCGCUCCUUGUCGCCACUGCAUUCAGUUUCGUUCAGAACCCCAACGAAGUACAAUCAAAAGCGAAUAAAGAUGGCCCCGAACUCAUCCAUGACGGCCGAGACCGGCGUCCUUCAGGAGACCGACGACCAGGAGGUCACCAUCAAACACGACUGCAACGCCAAAUUGCCGCCCAGGGAAUACAAGCUCGUCUGGAGGAACAUCAUCCUCUACAUCUACCUCCACGUCUCCGCACUCUACGGCCUCUAUGCCAUCUUCGCUUCGGCCAAUUGGAGGACCGCCCUUUUCGGUUUGGCUUUGGUGAAUUUAGGUAAUUUGGGGAUCACAGCGGGCGUGCACAGGUUAUGGGCCCAUCGAUCUUACAAAGCCAAAUUUCCGUUGAGGGCCUUCCUCGUCUUUCUGCAAACGUUGGCUUUCCAAGGCUCAGUGAUAGAAUGGGCGAGAGAUCACAGAGUGCAUCACAAGUACAGCGAAACCGACGCGGAUCCGCACAAUGCGAAGCGCGGUCUCUUCUACUCGCACGUGGGAUGGCUUUUGACCAAGAAACACCCGGAAGUCUUCGCCAAGGGCAAGGGCAUCGAUUACUCCGACCUCACCGAAGAUUCGUUACUGAAAUUCCAGCAUAAGCACUACGUUUACUUGAUGGUAUUCACGAGCUUCUUCCUUCCGACUUUCUUGCCUUGCUACUUAUGGGGCGAAACCUUCCUGAACGCCUUCUUCAUCAACAUGCUUCGCUACUGCUGCGGCCUUAACAUUACAUGGCUGGUAAACUCCGCCGCGCAUUUCUUCGGCGACAAACCAUACGAUAGGUUCAUCAACCCCGUGGAGAAUAAACAUGUGUCCUUCUUGGCCUUGGGCGAAGGAUGGCACAACUACCAUCACACGUUCCCAUGGGAUUACAAGACUUCGGAGUACGGAUACAGACUUAAUCCUACUGCGAUUUUCAUCAACUGCAUGGCCUACAUCGGACAGGCCUACGAUCUGAAGAGCGUCAGCACCGAGAUGAUCAAGAAGAGGGUGAAAAGAACUGGAGAUGGCACCCAUGAGCUGUGGGGUUGGGGCGACAAAGACCAAAGCUCUGAUGAGCAGACUGAAGCAGUCAUCUCGCACAAACGACGGGAUUAAACAAAUUUAUUUAGAUCUAAUACUUGUUUGUUUUUUUUUGUAAAUUAUUUAUAUUCGAGUUUAGUUGGGCG